AUGGAUUCACGGCAGAAUAAACCCACAACCAGGAAAUUCUUGGCACCUCCUGUGAAAGUGGCAUGCUUAGAGUGUCGUGCUGCACGCACCCGAUGCAAUGGUAAAACUCCCUGUGCAAAUUGCACCAAUCGAGGUUGUGAUUGCGUCUAUACAACGAGUAAGAGAGGUGGUGCAAGAAGACGCAAGAAAUAUACCAAUACCGAAGGACAUGUAGAACAAUCACCGCCAAAUGAGCUUCUUACUGGACCAGCUCCGGUGGUUUCACUGGCCACUCCUGGCGCUGGUCUUCUCCAAAACGAUGGGCAAUUAGACUUCGAUAUGGAUUUUAUUUUUGACCCAAAUUUCCUGGAAAACUCGGAGCCUUUGGCGAUAGAUAACGGUUUCGUGCCACAACCUAUGGUUGAGGAUGCUUUUGAAAUGAAUCUAGAGAGCCCUAUAGUAAGGAUUUAUGCUAGCGAUGAGGAUAUUUUGAGCGCUUACUAUGUUUAUGUUCACCCAUAUUUUCCUGUUCUUCCACCUCCGCUAUUGCAUCAAGCAAUUGAUAGAUUGGAAACCGGAGUACGAGGACCAAAUGACAUUUUAUCUCAAAGCAGGGACAAUCUACAAUUCCAACUUACUUCUCCGAUGACCCUUGCGAUCUCCGCACUCCUUGCACUAAUUCCCCAUCCUGAUGAUUCGAACCCCAUGUCUCCGGAAUCUAUUCUAAUUCGGAGAAAUCAGGCUCAAGUCUUCGCUCAGUUGGCAAUUGAUGGCGUUGAAACUGAGAACGAAAUGAUAGAGUCUAUGAUGGACCCUGGGGAGGCUCUAAGCACACAAGAGACUCACAUAUAUCGCACACAAAUUCACCCGCAAGUAAAAUUGGAAGUUGAGAGUACAGUCGCAUUACUGCUACUAUGUACUUAUGAGUAUUCCCAACGCGGAAACAUUUCGAAAAUGCGCAAAAGAUGCGGACAAGCUUUAGUAUCUGCUAUGGACUUAGGAUUGCAUUCGAAAGGCAAGGAGUAUUAUGAUUAUGCCGAGUCAGAUAGGCGAAUAUGGUGGAUGACGUAUGUCUGCGUUUGUCAAGGUUCCAUCCUUAGUUGCAUGGCACCGUCCAUUCUUCUUUCCGAUCCAAGAUUCACGACGCCACUUCCUACCUUUGCAUCUGAUUCGAAUGCUUGGGAUGUCUUUCUUGAAGCACAAAGAGUGAUUGCCACGGCAACUCAAUUCGUGAUUGAUCUUGAAUCAUCCUUAAAAACAGAUUGUCAUGAUCUCAUUCUGUGGAAGACAAUGGCCGAACUGGAAAAGACCAUCGAGCCUCUAGUACAAGAAGCGGAAAGGUGGUCUUAUGCACACGUGGAUGAGAUGGAUCCCUCGGAAGGGGUCGUCGCGAAAAGCCUGCGGAUUAUGACGCGUAUCAAGCUUAAUAGUGCGAGGAUCAAAAUUCAUCGUUACUGUGCGUUCUCCGAUAUGCCAGUAUUUACAAAGAAGCAUUGCGACUUGUCCUCCACCCCCGCUGCAGGGCAGCACUUUCCACCUACUACCUGUGGUUGCAGCAACAACUUACAGCAAGUCACGGCUACUUUAUCACUAAGCCCCGGUAUUUUUGAUUCGCCAGUCCCGGACAACGUUUCUGUGUUUGACUCUCCGAUCUUGCCAUUCAGUGGUCGGUUUUCUUCAAAAGUAUGCAUGCAGUCCGCGUUCAAUAUCGCCCAAUCAUUCCGUGAUUUGCCAUUUCCACGGCCUUAUGAUCCGGGAAACCCUUCUUAUUGGACCACCUCCGGAAAGGCGACAAAUCUACCUCGCAUGAUUCCCAUAUUUGCAUGCUGUGCUAUGCAAAGUAGCUAUGCGAUGAUUAUGCUCUGCCACAAGACUCUUGCAAUCAAGCAAGCUAGCCCGUUUGAAGAUGGACUUUCGAAGAGAACCGAUAAAUUGUUGCUUCAGUUACACGAGGGUAUCAGAUUGAUCCUAGAUGCCUUGGAGAAUUACUCAACGGCGAAUGAAGCUUUGACGGGAAUGCGAGAUCAAAUACGUAUGGCUAUAGAGUCGGUCGCGGCUGUCCAAGGGCAAUCUUCGAACUUAGUAUCGGUUAGCUCUGAAGAAUUACUAAAAAUUCAAGGAUGA